AUGGCUGCAGGGAUUGGACUUCUCUCCAUGACCCAGAUCCCAAAUUUGUCACAAUCCCAACAACACCAUCAAAAUCAAAAUCAAAAUCAACCUCAACCUCAACAAAACCCUAAAUCCACCGGUUCAUCAUCGAAUUGGAUGUGGAAUCCUAGGGAUGAACAAAAAGAAGAAGACGAAUCAUGGGAAGUCAGAGCCUUUGCAGAAGACACUAGAAACAUGAUGGGAACCACUUGGCCUCCGAGGUCCUACACUUGCACCUUCUGUAGAAGGGAGUUCCGGUCAGCACAAGCUCUCGGUGGCCACAUGAACGUGCACCGCCGUGACCGUGCACGCCUCCACCAACCACAGUACCCUGCUGCUUCACCCAACACAACAACAACAACAACAACAACCACUUCCUCUAAUUACUCUCACUUCCCACCUCAUCAGGAGCUUGUUGCUAAUGGUGGAUUGUGCCUCUUCUACCAUUUGCCAAGCCCUAAUACUCAUAGUCACAGUGCUACACUGAAUGCAUGUGGUGAAUCACCCUCCACUCUUCUCUCUGUCUCUUCCUACCCACAAAACAACAUUAUUAUGAUGAUGCCAACUUGUUCACCUUCUUUUGAUAUGGCUAGAGCAGCUUCUUCAGCUGCAGGGAUCAAUGGUUUUUCUUCUUACUCUAGCAAAGGGGAUGAACCUACGAACUCUUCCACCAACCGUGGCCAACACCAUGAGGAACUUGAUCUAGAGCUCCGCUUGGGGCAUAGAUCAACACCAACUUGA